CUUGAAUAUAAACACUCCCGCACAUAUCACCCAUCUGUAUACGUUAUCUAUCUAUAUAUAUAUAAAUUUAUGUAAUUAUAGGCUCUGCUUUUCAAAAUCUGAAUAUACCAUUUGAUCGCCUUCUCUUAUUUGUGAUCGUUCCUAUGGAAUCGCCCAAAGAGCUUCCGCAUGGCAUUCUGGGCCACUGGGCGGUCAUAUGCCAUGGAUUUAACAUUGCCUCCAUAGCGGGCUCAGUCUUUGUCGUAAUUUUCGUGAUCUGGGGCUGCGUUCGUCGACCCGUUCUUUACAAACUGACGACAUUCCGGCUCUCGGGUGGAUUGCGCUCUGUGAUAUCAUUUAUUCAGCGUGCCAGCUGUGCACAUACGAUAACAACUACAUGGUUUUUCUCUCCGAGACGCAGCUGCGCGUCAUUUACUGGCUAAUGUCUGCCUCCACGCUAUCGUUUGCUUUUCUCAGCGGCUGCAUUGGUCUCCAGAUGAUUCUCACCGUAGUUUUCAAAAAGGGCCACCACCACCAUCGUAUCGAACCGUGGUAUGGGUGCGUCAGCUUGUUCUUGGGAUUUCUUAUCACGCAUCCUAUCCUGUACAUUUACAAGUUGGUGCAGUGGAGGUACGACAUGCAAGUGUUCCACGUCUACGAUAAUCCCAAGUACUUCAAUAUCACUUCGUGGGUUACCAUGUGGGCGUGGAUGUUUGCCACGUGUGCAUUCCUCUUCGUCACUGCUGCACUUGUAUGGUGGAGAUUGGCUACAGUAAACAAGGAAAAGAUGGGAUGCAUGGUGCUUCCAGAGGGCGAGUCGUCUUGGAAGUGGCAACGGCUAAUUAUUAUCCGAAUCAUGCUUUACCCCUUGGUACCCAUUGUUACGCAAAUCUGGGUUCUGUGCGCAAACAUGACUCCAGUAUGCCCAAUGUGGCUGUAUAUUAUCGCUAACAUUAUGCCGGCCACUCAGGGAAUGAUAAAUUUGCUGAUAUUCCUUGGUAACCCCGCGCUGGACAAGUCCAGAAGACAGAUCGUCGACAAGCUGGGCAUGACCAUUGGAAGGCGCAAGCGCAUAUCUUCAUGCAGUAUCAGCAGUACAGUCAAUGACACGCGUGUCAGAAGCAUUUCUAGCUUUACCAACACCGAUGACAAGUCGGCCACCCACUUAUUGGUAUAGUAUUUUUUACGUUACACUUUUAAAUUAAAUAAAUAGAUCAGCGCUAGUACUUUAUCACGUGGGGUGCCU